AUGGCGACCUCUGGCAAAUCCGUCUUCCUCAUUGGCCCCGGGUUCAUUGGCCGGGAAGUCCUCGAUCUCCUCCUCCAAGAGAACUAUGCGGUGACGACGCUGACCCGUCGCGAAGCCUAUGCGACUGAGCUCCAACAAAGCGGCGCGAAGACCGUGCUUGGUAGCCUGGACGACCAAGACAUCAUCGUCAACCAGACCCUCAUCAGUGACAUUGUCAUCCACACCGCCACGGCAGACCAUCUGCCCUCGGUUGAAGGCGUGAUCGCAGGCAUCGAUCAACGUGCAAGUCAAGGAAAGCAGACCAUUUUCAUCCACACGAGCGGCACCUCGCUGCUGAGCGACGACGCGAAGGGCGAAUACAAAUCCGACAAGAUCUUCUACGAUGACAAGCCUCAAGACAUCGAUGCUCUCCCCGACAGCGCCUCGCAUCGCUUGAUCGAUCUCGCAAUCAUCCGCGCACGCAAGAGACUCGGCAAUAGUGCCAAAAUGGUCAUCAUGAUUCCGCCGUUGAUCUACGGCGCCAACCCCAAAUAUAAGCGUCUAUCGAUUCAGUUGCCGACUUUGAGUCGGUUCGCGAUGAAACACGGCUACGCAGGCUAUGUCGGUAAGGGUGAAUCUGUGUGGUCCGAAAUCCACGUCGUGGACCUCGCUCGGGGGUAUCUCACACUUUUACAUUGGCUCGAACAAACGGAUGCCUCCAAAAUCCUUGAAAACCCUUACUUCUUCUGCGAGAACGGGCAAGAAUUCGCAUGGAGAGAUGCAGUGGCACAGGUUGCCAAGGCGUUGCAUGCUGCUGGGCGGAUCGCAUCACCGGAGCCUAAACCAAUCCCUGAGAGUGAUUUUGAUGAUCUCUUUGGGAAGUACACGGCAUGGGUGGUUGGGUCGAACUCGAGAAGUCGAGCGAACCGGCUGAGAGCGCUGGGAUGGGAGCCGAAGGAGAAGGGCCUGAUGGCCUCCUUGGUGGAGGAUGAGGUUCCGAUUUUGUUGGAGGAGACGGGCGAGUUUAAUGGAUAUGCCAGUGUUGCUGCUUCUGGCGGAUCGUAG